AUGUUCACGGGGGUAAACGACGUGCUCUACCGCAACGGCAGCGCCUGCGGGCUCCAGUACAAAGUCACUUGCGUCGGCGCCGCCGUCAAAGGCCAGCACAACCCUUGCCGGCGUCGCAACAACACCGUCACGGUGACGGUCACCGACAGCUGUACGCCGGAGCCUGAUGCUCCGGGCAGGAAGCCGGAGCCUUGCCCUACUUUCGUGCUAUCCAAGCCGACUUUCCGAUCGAUUGCAGCUCUCUCUGCUGGGGUCGUCAGCGUUUCCUAUGAGUUGAUCAACCUUUGA